GCUCAUAUAUGUUGCACUCUGGUCGUCAGUCGUCAGUUGUCAAGAGUCUAGUAUCAGAUCAGAUCAGUUGAAACAUUACUGUCGAAAUUUAACCCUAAAAUAUCAAUUAAAAUAGAUUUAAAAAAAUAGAGAAAAAGAUGCGAUUCCAAAUUUUGAUUUUGAUUUUGAUUUUGAUCUUGUGUGUUUCAAGUGAUGGAUAUCGAAUUUUGGGACUUUUCCCAUUCAACGCGAAAAGUCAUUUUAUGAUGUACGGAGAGUUAAUGAAAGGAUUGGCGAAAAAGGGUCACCAAGUGGAUGUAAUUAGUCCCUUUCCACUAAAAAAACCUCCUCCAAAUUACACAGAUAUUGUCUUUUAUCCGCCGGUUACUCCAGGUUUAGUGAACAAUUUGACGUAUCAUGAUAUGAAAUUAUACACUUCUGGAACCCCAGUGGCAUUUGUUGCUAAUGUGGCUGGGAACCAACUUUGUACGGGAAUGGGGAAUCCGGAAGUCUUGAAAUUUCUUAAAAAUCCGCCUUCUGAUCCGCCUUAUGAUGUGGUGAUUACCGAGAUUUUUGGAGGGCACUGUUUUCUGGCAGUGGGUGCCAAUUGGAAUAUUCCAGUAAUUGCAGCUAGUUCAGCUGCUUUAUAUCCCUGGAUGCAUGGCAUGAUCGCUAAUCCAGAAAACCUCGCUUUUGUAACAAAUAAUCUGAUGAAUUUUGUAGAAAAAUUAGACUUUUCAACACGACUCUACAAUCUUUUGAGUGCUUUUUUCAACAAGGUUUAUUUCAAUUAUUUAACAACACCGCAAGAUGAUAUAAUUCGAAAAUAUUUAGGAAAAAAUUCCUUAGGAGUGAGAGAAGCAGAAGCCAAUGUUGCAAUGAUUCUCACAAAUUCACAUUUUUCAUUAAAUGGUGUGAAGCCAAUGACACCUGCUCUUAUCGAAGUGGGGGGUCUUCAUAUUCAAGAUGACAGUCCCGAAUUAACAGAGGAACUUAAAAAGUGGCUUGAUGAAAGUAAAAAUGGUGUUGUUUAUUUCACAUUCGGUUCAAUGGUCAAAUUUGAAUCAUUUCCAAAAAAUGUUAUCGACGUGUUUUACAAAUCAUUGGGAAAAAUUGCACCCACGCGGGUUCUUAUGAAAAUUGUAAAUAAGGAAGAAUUGCCUGAAGGUCUACCGAAGAAUGUCAAAACGCUCCCAUGGAUUCCGCAGCUUAAUGUUUUAAAACAUCCAAAUGUGAAGGUAUUUAUUACUCACGGUGGUCUGAUGGGUACUCAGGAGUCAAUUCAUUGUGGCAAACCAAUGAUAGGAAUCCCGCUUUUUGCUGACCAGUUCACCAAUAUUGACCUGUACGUGGUCAAAGGAAUAGCAGUGAAAUUGGAUAUUGAUAAUAUCAAUGAAAAAGAUUUGGAUUCUGCAUUAAAAACAGUCUUAAGAAAUCCAAGUUACAGGAAAGCUGCAAAACGAGUUUCUGCAACAUUCCGUGACAGAUCAAUGAGCCCAGUUAACACUGCGACUUUCUGGAUUGAGUACAUCAUUAGAAAUGGGAAGGACUCUCUCAGAUCUUCUGCUAUGAAUUUAACAUGGUGGCAGGUUCAACUCUUGGAUGUUUAUGGAUUUUUGCUAUUAUGCCUUCUUAUUUUAUUGUAUUUAAUUUACUUCUUCGUAAGACAAGUAACAACGAUGAUUUUCUUUGAAAAUGAAAAAAUGGACAUUUUGAAGAAGUCUAGAUAACAAAAAUUGUAGUUAUUAUAAGGUCGAAUUUUAAUUUUCUUUUCGGGCAUAUUUUGUCGGUGUUUAAUUUUCUCUUUCGGCAUAUUUUAUCUUUCAUGGAGAGGAGAACCGAAAAGAAUGUUUUGCUGGACUUUAAUUUGAUCCGUCGGCAUAGUUUGCCGGACUUUAAUUUUCUCUUCUGGCAUAUUGAUCGUCAAUGUAAUUUCUUUAUUGGUACGACGCAUUUAGUUCUGAGAUUCUUGUUGACCAAUUGAGUACUCCUCUUUCCGAAAGCGAAAAAUGUGCUGGAAGAGAAAAUGGAUAUCCGGAAAAAUAUGCCGGAAGGGAAAAUUAAAAUCUAGAAAAAAAUGUCGAAAGAGAACAUACAACUCUAAGAGAAAACCCUUGUUAAUUCUAAUUUUCAAUCAAUUUUAGAGCCACAAAAUAAGAAAUGGAUUGGUAAUAUAUUUUUUUACUUGGUAUUAAGGUCCACCAGAAAAGUAUUAUUACUGAAUAUAGUAUUAUAAAUUACGUAGAAAAAAUAAGUAUGCUUUGUUUUUUAUAAUUUAUUCG